ACGUGUCCCGUUAGAGGUCCGCUCUAAAUUUUAUCGAGUCAGUUUUCAGUCAUACAGCAUACGCAGCCUUGUGAAGUUUCUAGAGAGAAGAAGAUCUCGAAUUUCCAGAAAUCUAUAGGUGGAUAUCGGUGUCCAUUGAAUCUCCUUCGGGUUUUUCGGUUUUGAUUUGCCUUUUUCUUCGACGCCGUUGAAGUUUCCGAGAGUCGUCGAUGUGGAUUUUGGUGGUUUGAUUACCAGAAAUUUAGAGAGUGGGGAAUUGCUGUUCUAUGAGGAGAUGUACGCAAGCGGUGGCGGUUCAAUGCGCAAGUCCUUCAAGGAUUCGCUCAAAGUCCUCGAAGCUGAUAUUCAGCAUGCUAAUACGCUGGCAUCUGAUUUCCCUCGUGAGUAUGAUGGCGCAUGUCUACAAAUGAGAAUGUCAUACAGUCCUGCAGCACACUUUUUCCUAUUCCUUGUUCAAUGGACUGACUGUCACUUUGCAGGAGCCCUUGGGCUAUUGAGAAUCCUAAUUUACAAGGUAUAUGUAGAUGGCACCACCACUAUGUCCACUCAUGAGAGAAAAGCAAGCAUUAGAGAAUUCUAUGCUGUAAUAUAUCCUUCUUUGCUCCAACUUCAAAGAGGCGUCACGGAUUCAGAAGAUAAGAAGCAGAAAGCUGUGUGCUUGGAGAGAUACCGGAGGAAGGAUGAAGAAGAAUAUAGACAUUUCUCGGAAUUGGAUAAUGAAAGGGAAGAAGAGUGUGGGAUUUGUAUGGAGACGAAUAGUAAGAUAGUCUUGCCCAACUGUAACCAUGCCCUAUGUCUGAAAUGCUACAGAGAAUGGCGUACAAGAUCACAAUCUUGCCCCUUCUGCCGCGACAGCUUGAAGAGGGUAAACUCGGGUGAUCUAUGGGUGUUUCUCGACAACAACGAUGUGGUGGACAGCAUGGCUAUAACAAGGGAGAAUUUGAAGAGGCUGUUCUCGUACAUUGAUAAAUUGCCUUUGAUCAUCCCCGAUACCUUAUUCGAUGCCUAUGACACGCAUGUGAGGUAAUUAAGUUAAGUGGUUUCUUUUGAAGGCAAGACAACCCGUUCUGCUCUUGGGAUCUCUCUCUCACAUUCCUAGUAUUACCGGAAGACCAAGAACUGAUCUCUCAAGUAUUAGGUAGAACGUCGAAAUCUAGUGGCUUGUUCUACAGCCCGCCACAGAAAACUUAAAACCCAAAAAAACAAAAGUCUCAGCCUUGAUUAAUUGUUGGCAGAGGUUUAUGAUUAGAAUUGAAACACCAUGGGUAAGGUACCUAUAUAUAUAUAUAUAUAUCUAUUAUGUGGUAUAGAAAUUUGUAAAUUUCUGUACAGUUCUUUUUAAGUAUAUGCAUUAUCCAGUCUGCCGUUGUCAAAACUUCGUAAA